ACUAAGUAUAGAGAGCGACUAUAAAAUCCAAAGUUGGAAACCUUUACAGUCUCAUACACACUCAAGCCAAAAUUUAGUGUCAUAUUGUCUCAUCACUUUCCGCACAUUUAUUCUUAACUUUUAUAAAUAGAUUAAGAAGAUAAAGAGACGACAGUUAAUGUCACCGGAGGAAUACGUCAGGGUUAGGCCGGAUUCCGGUGGUGAUCUUGGAGGAACUGAGCUGACCCUAGCUUUACCCGGCACUGCGACAAAUACAUCAUCGGACGGUCCAAAAAAGCACGGACACAAACGUAGAUUCCUCGAGACCAUUGAUUUAAAACUCAGGAAAGACGACCAAGAGAAUAAUAAUAAUAUUAUCUCAAGCAUGAUAACUAUUAAUGACCAGUUGGUGGGGUGGCCGCCGGUAGCGACGGCGAGGAAAACAGUGACGAUGACGGUGAAGCGGAAAUACGUGAAAGUGGCAGUGGACGGUGCGGCGUAUCUCAGAAAAGUUGAUCUUGAGAUGUACGAUUGCUACGGACAACUUUUCACCGCUCUAGAAAACAUGUUUCAGGGGAUAAUAACAAUAUGUAAAGUGACGACGGAGUUGGAGAGGAAGGGCGAGUUUGUGGCUACUUACGAAGAUAAGGACGGUGACUGGAUGUUAGUCGGAGAUGUGCCGUGGAUGAUGUUUGUGGAAUCGUGCAAACGUGUGAGGUUGAUGAAAAGAUAGAGAAAACAAACAGACGUACUAGUUUACACCUUUGCCAGGGUGAUCAGUCUCGUUUCUUCACGUAUAUCUAGUUAGUAGACUCAGAAAGGCAUUGUAUGGACUAAAACAAAACUCCGGCUCUUUUUCCUCAUAGUAAUUAUUUUCUUAUAUAGGCGAUUCGACGAUUUCUA